AUGGCGAGAUCGUGCUGCCAAUCAAUGUGUCUUUGUGCAAGGUGUUUCUCACGUACUCGUCAUACAAGCGAAAUCGUGCCAUCGUGGAACUGGUACCUCAACGGUUCAACUCCAAUGCUGCCAUCAGGGCGUUCUAGUGCCAUCAAGUACUUGUACACUGAGCGAUCCCAAACGUUAGAUCACGAACUCGAAACCAUGAUGAAUGAGUUCAGCGCUGGAUACAAGCGCAAAAUUGCCCAACUGCGAUCAACUGGGCAGCAUCGGUUGACCGAGGGCAAGUCGCCGAUAUUUGUCUCGGACAUCCUUGCUCUGGGUUUGUCCGUCUCUGAGCUGGGCAGUCAUUCGUUCCGAAAGGGUGUCGCCACAGAGCUGGCCAACUGCCCCGGGGGACCACAGGCUGUUUCGAUCUGGCUCCGAGCUGGAUGA